AUGCUGGCCGACACUCUACAGAGCUGGUUCAACCACCUCUUGCUGCCUCAAGUACUACUGCCUUUUGUAUUGAUUGUCAUCUGCUUCUGGCUUCUAUCAGGUACUAAAGUCGAUCCUCGCGAGCCACCAGAGAUUAAAUCGGCAAUCCCUGUAGUGGGACAUAUCAUCAACUUGGUGCGCAACGGCCUGUCGUACUAUACAAAGCUCAGCUUUGACAACCCGAAUCUGCCUAUAUUCACAAUUAACAUUCCGGGAGUCAAGAGCUAUGUGAUCGCCUCUCCAGCCCUGAUGUCAGCCGCCCAGCGCAAUUCUCGCAACAUCUCAUUUGACCCUUUUUUAGAUGUCGCUGCAAGUCGCAUUGCCGGGUGCUCGCCGGCCACUUGUCACGCUCUUCUAGAAAAGCGCCGGGGCGGUUUGGGCGUUAACCAGCUAAUAGUUGAAGCCAUGCAUCCCGCUCUCCUGGGCGAAGGGUUGGAUGGAAUGAAUGAAACUAUGGUAAAAGGAUUAAAAUUGUGGAUUGACGGUCUCCCAGACAGUGGUCAAACGGCUUUCAACCUCUAUGAGUGGUGUAAGGACGCCAUGACCGUUGCAAGCACGGACUCUGUAUGGGGUCAGCUGAAUCCUUUCAAAGAUAAAUUCAUCCGAGACUGUUUCUGGGAUUUUGAGGGCGGCAUUGGCAAGUUGAUUCCAAAAGUUGCACCGCAUAUAGUAGCUCGCCAAGCAUGGAAAGGUCGCGAAGCCCUGACAAGCGCUUUUCUCUGUUAUUUUAAGGCGGAUGGUUUGAAAAAUGCAUCCAUGCUCGCCCACGCAAGAUACAACGUCUGUAGCGCAAAUAAUAUAUCAUUGGAGGAAUUUGCGCGCAUUGAAGCCAGCCUCGGGCUUGGUCUGCUGUCUAACACUGUUCCUACGUCCUUUUGGUUAAUGUAUGAUCUUUAUUCACGCCCGACGUUGCUGGAGCAGUUGCGAGAGGAAAUACAAAGCAACGCACUGUACAUUGACGGGCAAUCCGCAACCAUCGACGUUGCCGAUCUUCGCGAUCAAUGCCCACUGCUUGUCUCGGCCUUUCAGGAAUCUAUGCGUUUUAGAGCAUCGGGAGCUUCAACCAGAUUCGUCUACGAGGAUAUGAUGUUUGAUAACAAGUAUCUGCUCAGGGCCGGGUCGAUAGUGUACAUACCGGUGAAACCGAUGCAUUCUCAUCCGGAGGUGUGGAGUCAAACCUCGAGUGAAUUUGUGCCCCAUCGCUAUCUGAAAUCAAAUCCUCGAAAAUUAGGCGGAUUCCUCGGAUUUGGGGUUUCGCCGAGCAUUUGCCCAGGCCGACAUUUUGCGAGUGCUGAGAUCAUUGCGUUUGCAGCCGCCAUGAUCUUGCGCUUUGAUUUAUCUCCAGCGACAUCGUCUUCGGCGUGGGUAGAGCCACAAUUGAAUCUGAGCUCAGUAGUUGCAAGUGCAACCCCACCCGGCGAACCUUUCAUGGUCAAGUUGGGGAUUCGUGACGAGUAUAAGGAUUAUGACUGGGAUUUUCGCGUCACCAAAGGCAAGGGACAAUUCGCACUUGUCAUUGGAUAA